CCGCAUUCAAGUGCGAUGGGCGAGGAAGACGUGGAGCUCGAUCUGCCCUGGAAGGCGGCGCUGGACGACGAAACCUUCGCGGAUCUGGGCUAUGCUACGCACACGACUAGCUCCAUGAGCUUGGUGCCGAACCAGAGACAGGAGCAGCUGCCCAGUCAGCGACCGAGGCCUGGUACAACCCCUACGCAGCGGUUCAAGCGCAAGAGCUUUAGUAAACCGCUACAGUUACUGAGCCUGCAACGGUAUGCUCAAUACGCGAAGGACUUUGGCCGGAUUCCGGACAAACACGAGACUCAACAGCUUAUACAGCAGAGUUACCUGCAGUUCCUAAAAGAGGGUGGUGCUCCUGAUGAGCCCAGACCUACUUAUGCGGAAUUUCUCAAACUUAUUAGAAAUCGACGCAGCGAAAUUAAUGCGAGGGCACAACGUCCACCCAAGCAGGGCAAAGAUGCCCAAGAAAUGUCCAAGAAGGAGGCGCUUACACCUGCUAAACGGAAAUUACAAGAGGAACGCGCCAAGAUCCGCGAGUUUAUUGAAAUUAUUGACAGAACGAGAGAGCAAACAGGGCUGAUACCAGACCCGCAACACCAGAAUCGACGUCUUAGGCCGCAGCACUCUGCACAACACCAGACGACGGUUGAAAUGGUUAUGGUGCCUGGGAUGGAGAGCUUACCUCCAUUAACUCCAGACCCAAUGGAGCAAAUGGAAGCUAUAUUACAGAUUCAUCAGGAAACGCGGGAGGUCCAGCGUGAAAUUGCGGCAAGGCUGCGAUCAAUUAGUCGUGUCAUUAGACAGCAUGAAGGGCAUGGAGAUUUGGAGGAGCCAUCCAGUGCCAGUGUUUGAAGACGCAAGCGCCGUGUUCUUGGUCGCGGAAACUUUUAAGUUAUUCUAUUCUACUCGUUUGCCCUGGCACAAACAAGUCGUGGCAACGGUGUUGGUUUAGAAGCCGACAAAGUAUUCAUCUCCUUGGCCGUCAAAAGCUCGAUCUCUGGCUCGGUUUCCGAUUUCACCUUCGAACAGUGAGAUGUCAUACUUGCCGCUGAGGGGUGGUAGGUAAGGUGGUUCCAGUGACAUGCUGUAGAGCUUGUCCCACUCGAUUCUGCUGAACCACGGAUGCUGCCGCAGCUCCUGGUCGCCAUUGAUGCCUACGCCGAUACGCUUCGUGGGGUCUCCUUGCAGCAAACGGCGCACAAGAUCACAAGCGUGUGGGCAGUUUUCCUGAAGAUGAAAUGGAAAGUCCACCGAGUUGGCUCCCGUUCGAAUCAUGGCGAUGUUGCGGAACAGUUGUGUGGUGUCACCAUCGCCAGUGCCGAACGGUGUGUAGCCGACCAACAUCUCGUAGAUCAGGAUUCCAAGCGCCCCUACAAUACGCAAAGCAGUCCACAGUGAUGUUAAUAUUUGAUCGUGAUGAUGGAAUGAAUUGGAGGUGGAGGAACUUACAGUAAUCUACGGCGAUGUCGUGGCCCGUGUUGAGGACGAAUUCGGGUGCGAGGUACUCUAGCGUACCGCAGAGAGUGAAAGUGCGCGAGUGAACUUCUUCAUUGCCGUCGCUGUUGAUAACUGUGAAUGGGAUUUUCUUGGCGAAGCCGAAGUCGACGAACUUCAGGUAUCCUUCACGACUGAUCAGCAAGUUUUCGGGUUUGAGGUCUCGGUAUGCGUAGUCAUAUCGAUGCAUAUGCUGUAGGCCGAGAAGUGCAUUUGCCGAGUAGAACCGGACGGACGACUCAUCAACAGUCUCGAUGAACUCUUCGUUGUGAAGAAGCGUAAAGAGCUCACCACCUUGAACCAACUCCAUCAGCAUGUACAAGUUAUUCGCGUCCUGUUGCAAAUAAGUGGCCGUGUUAGUUUCAGGUUUUAGCGAUCGAUAUGCAACGGGGUAGACCAGUACGUACCUGAUAUGUGGCGUACAGGUCUACAAUGAAUGGGUGUUUCGGAAUUGUCAUCAGAACCUGCUUUUCGCGCAUGACUUGGACUUGUUGGUCCGACUCGAUAAUGUGAGAUUUGGCCAUGAUCUUGAGAGCCAUUGGCUGCUCCUCUGCGCCGUCCACGAGUGCAUGGACCAUAACGACUUUGCCGAAGGAACCUUCACCCAACACGCCGGCCUGUGGAAACGAAGCCACUUAUAAAGUCAGGGUACAAGAUACCGAUACGCCAAUUUGGCAAUUGGAGACUCACCACUUGAAUAUCGUCCAACGCAAGAGUGCAGCUUUUCAUUCGUCCGUGUUCUCCCAUAUUCACGCGCUGAAACACGAGAACGAAAAUACAAAGGUUAGUCGGCUUUUGGCACCUUCAUCACUGAUUCGUGCGGGAAUUACCUGGGUGAACUGACGAGAGCCGGACCGAGCGAGAGAGGACACUUUGAGCCGCUGGCACUGGGAUCGACCCGCUGAUAUGACUGUGCAAGUGUACGUGUCAGCCUGUUCGAACACUUCUCCGCCGAAGGUAUCGUUGGCUUUCAGCAAAACUUCUUCGGUCACGAGAUUGUUAUUGCCGUCCUGGCGCUUCUUGAUGAGUUUGACACAUCCAGAUUUGACGAUAUAGAAAGCCACUGCGAUAUCUCCUUGUCGGAAGAUGCACUGAGAGUCUUGGUAGGCCUUAAUCUCAAGCUGCGAAACAGCGUACUCGAGAGCUUCUUGAGACUUGGUCGCAAACGCUGGAAUUGUACGCAGUAUGCGAAUGCGGCUGUUGCGGUCCAGUACGUCGGUGAGUGGGCCAAGUAUAGAGUCGAAUUCCUGUCGCCCAAGACUGAGGCAUUUUACACUACCUUUGGCGUAAAUACUGGCAUUGCGGGGCAUGUCGCUAAGCAGUGCCAUCUCACCAAAGUAGUCGCCUGGACCCAAGAUAGCGAGCUCGGUCCUCAUCGCGUCGGAGUUUUUGAAGCCACGAGGGCCUUCCAUUUGACAGGAUACAUUGCCUUCCUCCACAAUGAAGAAGGUGUCUCCCACGUCGCCUUGCUUGAUGAUCAUCUCGCCAUCUGAGUAGAUCACAGCGUUCAAGACUCCUGCUAACAGAGCAAGCUGUCGCUCAGAUAGACUGGCGAGGAUUUCAACCUGACGCAACCACUUGGCGCGUUUCACGAGCGAAUCACUGGACGACCGAGCCUGCAUCAUACGGAACUCAUCACGGUCGAGUGUCCACAAAAUCGAGUUCGUUGCAGCGCGUACGGUGGCUGCACGAGGAGCUGAACAUUUCACGAGGGGGACACGAGUAAGGUUGAGAGAUUAAAGUGAGGAACAGUUGUGAUCAAGCCUUACCGUCAUAGAUGAGUGCCAGCUCGCCGAAGUGAUCUCCCGGUUUCAGAUAUCCGAGAACGGCAGUGUUGACGAUGACCUCGAGCGAUCCUGAGUGCACGACAUAGAACUGGUCGCCGAGAUCGCCUUGCUUGAUCACGUUUUGCUCGGCUUCAACCUUGAUUCUCUUCAUGAGGAAAAGCAGUCGAUCCAUUUCUUCGUCGCUGGAGUCGGUAAAGAGGACGCACUGAAGUGCUUUUUUAAGCAUGGCAGCGCACUCUGGGGUUUUUGAUUCCGAUUGUCGCUUGGGCAGUACAUCUCUGGUCAUAUCCUAACACGCACAAGUGUGUAAGCAUUCCCGACUGCUCUGUGAAUGGUGAUAGACGACAAAUCGUACCAGGCCUUUCGAGUACACGACUUCGCGCUUCUUUCGAUGAGGGUCGGAUGCACGCCGAUGAAGCCCACGUCCAAUGGCAGGUGUCGACCUUGGGGCGUUGGGGUCUCGAGGAGCAUAAGCUGUUUUGCAAAUCUGCUUCAUACGCUCGAAGAUGACUUCAUUGCCAAGAUUCUCUAUCGCCAUUUGAUCAUACUCGCGCUGGAUCGCACCGAACAAGGCGAGAUCCCCGGCGGUACGCGGAGUCAUGUCCGAUUCAUUUUCUCGUGGCGACGCCGACGCUGCAGCACCCAUCGUUGACAGUAAGCCACCUUGCUGUCACGAUUGAAACAGGCUAAAGAGGAUGUUCCACGGAGUCUGUUUGAUCCCAACCUCAAAGUGAACUAUAAGCGGGACGCAGAGCUCGAGUCCAAAUGCAGAUGAGUUCAUUCACACCUCAAGACAAGCAAGAUCUUUAUUUGGCCGGUACUGCUUAGCUUUCCCACAGAACGAAUGCAAGAUCACAGAUGUUACCGUAGUAUUUAUAUAUUGUCGUCCUCGUGAUGAUAAGCGUGCUGCUGCAGUCUUCCAACGGGUCGUGUCUGCGCUAUAUAGGAAUGCCUGAUGCCCGAAAUAGAGGACAAGACGCCGGUGUAGAGGCUUGAUGCUAGGCGUAAAUUGUGUUUACGUGAAAAUACUCGAUUCACAAUAGACAACAACACUGUACUUGGGCUCAUGCGUUCGUCGCAUGGAGUCCUAUUGACUUGCUACAAAC